AACAACAUAAUCUGAAUGCUCUCCAAAGUAGCACAACAGAAGAACCUUGAGGGGUACGUGGGGUUCGCCAACCUCCCCAACCAAGUGUACAGAAAGUCUGUGAAGAGAGGCUUCGAGUUUACUCUUAUGGUUGUCGGGGAAUCGGGUUUGGGGAAGUCGACGCUCAUCAACUCUUUGUUCCUGACAGAUUUGUAUUCUCCAGAGUAUCCAGGACCCUCUCACAGAAUCAAGAAGACUGUUCAGGUGGAGCAGUCUAAAGUGUUGAUAAAAGAGGGUGGAGUUCAACUGCUGCUCACCAUAGUGGACACGCCAGGGUUCGGAGAUGCCGUGGAUAACAGCAACUGCUGGCAGCCUGUCACAGAUCAUAUCGACAGCAAGUUUGAGGAUUACCUCAACGCAGAGUCACGCGUGAACAGACGCCAGAUGCCCGACAGCAGAGUACACUGCUGUCUGUACUUCAUCGCCCCCUCUGGACAUGGACUGAAACCACUGGAUAUUGAGUUCAUGAAACAUUUACAUGAAAAAGUGAACAUCAUCCCGCUCAUAGCUAAAGCAGACACAAUGACUCCAGAGGAGUGCCAACAGUUCAAGAAGCAGAUAAUGAGAGAGAUCCAGGAACACAAGAUCAAAGUCUAUGAGUUCCCAGAGACAGAUGAGGAGGAGGAGAGCAAGAUAGUGAAGAAGAUCAAGGACCGUCUGCCUCUGGCUGUGGUGGGCAGCAACACCAUCAUAGAGGUCAAUGGGAAGCGUGUACGGGGAAGGCAGUACCCCUGGGGUGUGGCAGAAGUGGAGAAUGGCGAACACUGUGACUUCACAAUCCUUCGAAACAUGCUCAUCAGAACUCACAUGCAGGACCUGAAGGACGUAACCAACAAUGUGCAUUAUGAGAACUACCGCAGCAGGAAGUUGGCUGCUGUCACCUACAACGGGGUAGACAACAACAAGAACAAAGGACAGCUCACGAAAUUUGACACAGGUGAAGGCAUGAGCCCCCUGGCACAAAUGGAGGAGGAAAGAAGAGAGCAUGUGACAAAGAUGAAGAAGAUGGAGAUGGAGAUGGAGCAGGUGUUUGAGAUGAAGGUCAAAGAGAAGAUCCAGAAACUCAAAGAGUCUGAGGCAGAGCUGCAGCGUCGUCAUGAACAGAUGAAGAAGAAUCUGGAGGCUCAGCACAAGGAGCUGGAGGAGAAGAGACGUCAGUUUGAGGACGAGAAGAUCAACUGGGAGGCUCAACAACGCCUGCUGGAGCAGCAGAAACUGGACGCUUCCAGGACCUUGGAAAAGAACAAAAAGAAAAAGAUCUUUUAAAACACUGGGACCAUCACCACAUUCUAGUUACCAAUUCAACCAGUCUGGACCCUCAGUCUGUCUGCCGACCAAAAAAAACACCCCAUACGUUUAUAUACAGCCCCUUGUUUUUUGUUUAUUCAAUCUUGUUUUUUUCCCUGUUGGCAUAUGAGAGGACAGCUUUGAGCGUCACACACCUCUGGACACCUCAUUGACCUGGAAUCACUUCACCCUGUCUGCCCAUUGCAUUCUUUUUCUACAUCUAAAAGCUUUAGGCAUUCAUUUGCUGGACUUGAGAAACUGAGAUACUCUGUCGCUCACAUAACCUAUGAAUUAAAACAUCCCAGAGAUAUGCAAUAUUGUUUGAAAGAAUAACCACUUUGUAUUUGUUUUGUAAGCCGACCAAGUCCCAUCCUCUCAUUUGUAUUUGUUUAAUGUAUUUAGAUCCAGAGGUCACUUCCUGCUUUCCAACUGCAUAUUCAUUGACCACAUCAAUAAAAGGCUGAAUCUUACCUCAGGCAUUUCUGUUGUUAAACAAUGUUUUUGUGGCUUUUUCCCUUCCAGAAAUGUUAAGCUCUUCCAAUGUUUGUGUAAUUUAAAUUAUUUAGCCAUGAACCUUAGCCAUUUAUGAAACAUAACAUCAGUUACUUUUGUUUUGUGAUAUUUGUUCAUUUUGUUCUCUCAUUUAAUGUUCCAGUUUACUGUUUGUUUACAGAGACAUCAUUAUUAAAGUAAUAGUGCACCAGUAAGUAGAAAUUUGUUUUUGGGUGAACUGUUCCUUUGCAAGGUAGCACAUUAUUUGUCACAUGAUAUGUCAGAUAAUCCUGUUGUGAGAUGUGAUUAUGCAGAUGCUAUGGGGAUUUGUGAUGCAUUUUUAAAGUGAUUUGUUCUCAUCUAACGAUGACCACAAGGUGUUAAUGUUUUUCUCAUGUUACUGACAGUGAGCUGGCAUUAUUGGCCAGUUGUAUUGGGGUUUUUAUUUUUCUCUAUCUAGGCACUGAGUUCCCACCCAGAGCUAGCCUCCCACCAUACCACAUUUAGCUUUCAGUCAUGUACUUCUGAAAGUUAUUUUUAUAAAAAAAAAAAAAAGCCUAUUUUUUUUGUUUUCCUUUUUUCAUUUUUAUUGUAUAAAGUCACAUAAUAAACUUGUGAUGA